UUAUGGCGGGACCAGUCCUCGACUUUUUUGGUCCACGGAGAACGCGCUCUUGGUGCCGCCUUGGCCAUCAGACCACCGCAAAUAGACGACAGAGGCGAGUUGAAUUUGGCAAGGAACGCUUGUAACACUUUGGAGACGAUACCUCGUAUUGCUAAUGGUUCAGCUGCAGUUGCACAUGAUCAUCAGUCUUCCUAUCAUGGUGAAGCUGAUCAGCAAGUUCUUGCGGACGGUUGCAAAAAUCACGCGUCCCCGUACCAGCUUCGUGACAAAGAUUCUGCCGGCACAGAAACCUGCGGGCACGGAACUAUUCAAACAGUUUCUCGAAAAUUUCGAUUGAAAUCUGUCACGCUUCGUGACAUGCCAGAGCCGCAUCGCGUCUCCCUACGCGUGUUUUGUUUCAACCACAAGUACUCGAGUGACGCGACUGAUAGCACGAUUCCUUCUCAGAGCAGAAGUGCAGCGAGCUUAUCAAAAGGACCCGUCGAUCAUUUGCUGGAUGAAGAUUCUGAGAAUUCGCCGGAUGCCUCUUCCCCUGACAACUCCGACGCAC